GGCGGUCCUGGUCUGCAGCUGAGCUCCUCUCUUGUAUCUCAUCGCUGACUGAAGGAGAUCAGAGCAGAGCUCGGAGAUCCGCUGCGUGGUCAGACCGACAGAAACGAAGAUGUUCCGCUGUGGAAAUGGUUCAUUUUAGGCUAAAGUUGAACAUCUGAACCGGUGUUUGCUGCUGAGACAGAUGAGCCUGUAGUGUCUCUGCUGGUUCCAACGACCCUUUGUUCGGCUGUGGCAUCUCUCCUCCUCCAACAUGGACCCAUCAGACAGGGAGCCCAGGUCAGAGGAGGAGGCUGACUAUGAAGAUGAGGAGGUGGACCCCAGAAUACAGGGGGAGCUGGAAAAGCUAAACCAAUCCACGGAUGAUAUCAACAGAUGUGAGACGGAGCUUGAGGAUGCAAGGCAGAAGUUUCGUUCAGUGCUGGUGGAGGCCACCGUGAAGUUGGACGAGCUGGUGAAGAAGAUUGGGAAACCAGUGGAGGAGUCAAAGCCUUACUGGGAGGCUCGCAGACUGGCUAGACAGGCUCAGCUGGAGGCCCAGAAGGCCACCCAGGACUUCCACCGAGCCACCGAGGUUCUGAGGGCAGCAAAGGAAACCAUCUCCCUGGCAGAGCAGAGGCUCCUAGAAGAGGACCGGCGGCAGUUCGACUCUGCCUGGCAGGAGAUGCUGAACCACGCCACUCAGCGGGUGAUGGAGGCGGAGAACACAAAGACGAGAAGUGAACUUUUGCACAAGGAGACGUCGGCGAAAUACACAGCAGCCACUGCACGCAUGAAACAACUGGAGAAGAAACUGAAACGAACCAUCACCAAGUCCAAACCCUACUUCGAGAUGAAAGCGAAGUACUACCUCCAACUGGAGAACCUGAAGAAGAAUGUGGAUGAGCGACAAGCCAAGCUGUCUCAGGCCAAAGGAGAGUACAGGACGGCUCUGAAGAACCUAGAGAUGAUCUCUGAUGAAAUCCACGAACGGCGCAGGAGCUCCACCAUUGGACCACGCAGACCAGGAGUCGGUGCCGAGGGGGACAGCAGUUCUGGGGACGACGUCUCCAGCUUUAAGAUGGAGUCGGAUGGAAUAUCCAUGGCCUCGGACUGCUUCGAUGACGAGCCGUGCGGCGGGAGCAGCAUCAUGUCAGAGAAGGACUCAGACACCCGCUCCACCAGCAGCCUCGGUUCGACUCCCAGCAGCCCUCAGGAGCUCCUGUCUCCGUGCUCCUUCACCAUUUCCUCAGCCUCCUCUGGAACCUCUUCGUCUGACUCCCCGUCACCCACACCCUCCUCGUCUUCCUCCACGUCUUCACCAGCUCUCAUGUCCCGGCCGUGCAGCCUGGACAUUCCCAGCACUGUGUCGCUGUCGGACUUUGGCCUCAUCUCCCCGGUGCUCGGACCUCGCAGUGAAUGCAGCGGGGCUUCGUCGCCUGAGUGUGACCUGGAAAGAGGCGACCGAGCUGAAGGCGCAGAGGGAGAUCUGGACAACGCUCCGACCAGAAACAUCAUCUCAGCUUCCAACCCCAAGAAGAGCUUCAGCUUUGAGGCACGCUUUAGCUUCCUCAACCUGCGACGCCCGCGGGGCGGUGACGCCAAAAACAAGGACAGCUCUCCCCAGAAGACGGAACCAGGACAAACGGUCGUUCUUCUUAAAGGAGUCUGAGGCGCAAAAGCCGAAUCUGUCAGACGGACUUUGGUUCUGCAGAGACUCCAAUUCAGAACCAGAAACUUCUGGGACUCCUUUCAGCUGUUUAUAAGCUACAUUUCCUUUCUGUAGUCCUACUCUUCACUCCACGGUCGAAUAUGAACUUUGAAUGUGAUAUUUGGUGUGAAUUUCGCCUGUUUUAUAACCUGGACUCACCCAUGGACUCCCAUACCAGAGAUUGAACUAACUGGGUAAUGACGGGUCAUGAGAGGAAUAAAAGUUACAUGUUUCAGCAGUAAAAACCUGGGCUGUAUGACUAAGCAACAACCCAGCUGCCCGUAGAUAACCUUAGAGCUCAGCUCUGCUGGUUACUAAACUAUAAAUAAAGCAGUUAGUUCAGUUAAAGCUUCCAGAACGCUGAGAGGGGUGUGAUCUGCUUUGCCUGAUGUUUAAAGGAAGUCGGGACAAAUCAGAGGGAAAAAUCACUAGACCUUUUCCUUAUACACUCCAGUAUUUUAUCCGCUGUGUUAUAUGAUGUUGUGUGUUUGAUGUUUGGGUUUUAAAUUUCAAGAAACUGCAGUUCGGGAAAAUGAAAGCUUCAGCUUCUCGUUCCUAUUUUAUCCCCUCUAUGGAUUCAUUUCUCAGUACACAUCAAGAAACUGCUUAACAUGUCUGCUUUGAUCACAAGUGGUGCAAUUUAGCUUGAAUAAAGAGAGAAGUUGAUGA